CCCACACACAGACAAGUCCCCCUCGACGCGGACGCGAGUCCAUCGAUCCCCAAACCGUCUCCCGUCCUCCCCGGUGCGGCGGCGGCGGCGGCGCCGGCGCACGAGGUGAGAAAGAUGCCGAGGGCUGUCAGGAUCCGCGGCGACGAGCCGGAGACGGAGCGGAGAGCGAAGAGGCGAAACGUGGCAGGGGAGGAGGAGGAGGAGGAGGAGGAGGAGGAAGGGACAGCUCUCCGCUCCACGAGCCCUAGAUCUUCCGGCGACCGCGUGGAUCGGAGGAGGAGGAGGAGGAGGAAGGGAGCUGUUCGGACUUCCCACCCAGAGACGCUCUUCGCGGUCUUCGAGCCUGACAAAGAUGAAUCACAAGGAAAACAAGAUCGUGUGUUCGACGAUGUGGACGAGCCCGUGACGGAGGAAUCCUCCGAUCCGCCCAGCCCUCCGAUCUACGAACCCUACAUCCCCGACGAUCUGGUUGAUGAUCCGGACAUACUCGCUGCCUUCCACUACGCCAAGGCCAAUUACGAAGCAGAAAAGUCUCGUCGAGCUAACCUCUUCACUAUGGAUCACUACGGUUAUGAAGCACCUUCUUGCUUGUUCGAUGACCAUCGCUUUCUACCUAUUCGUGAACGGGCAACGGGUGCAGUACUUCUUGCUGCUAAAUCAGUCGUUUUACUAUCAUCAUUUCUAGGGAGUCGGCCACUCAACAAGUGUUGUGGUUUGUGGUUUCAAAGGAACGAUCAGAGCAAAACCGCCCAUGUUCUCACGUCUGCGCAUCUCAUUCGUGAAAAGGAUCCCUCCGUGAAGAACCAUUGGAAAUUGCAGUGGACAGGAAAAUAUCAUCGUGGCGCUGAGGUCAAUGUUCACUUCCUCGACAAAAGAGUUGUACCAGGCCAACUCGUCUAUCUUCAGGAGAAUUAUGAACUUGCUCUUUAUGAGGUUGAAGUGAAUAAACCAGUUCAGCUGCCCACUUUUAAUGACUGUGUGCGUUCUGGUCAAGAUGUUUUUCGACUUGGAAGAGAUGAAAAUCUAGAUCUGAAGAUAACACAUGGUAUGACAGCCUAUGAGGUUCCAUCUUGGUAUGAAAGAUGCCACUACAUGUAUUUUUGUCGUGAUGCAUCUAGUCGCAAACUGCUUGAUGAUGAUGGAGGACCGAUCAUUGACUUAGAAGGGAAGGUUGUGGGUUUAGUUAAUAAUCAUAUCAAUGAGACUUUCAUACCUUCGUCCAUAUUGCAUAAGUGCUUCGAUUUUUGGAGAAGAUUCGAUUGUAUGCCUCGCCUUCAUCUUGGAAUGACGUUCACUUCAAUCAAGCAUUUAGAUCCUAUCUCUAUUGAGAGAAUGACUCGCGAUCAUAACAUCGAGUCCGGUCUUAUUGUUGAACAGGUGUCUAAAGGAUCGCAUGCUGAGAAAAUUGGAAUUCGUGAGGGUGAUGUUAUUGAAAGCUUUAAUGGAAAGUACAUUUCUACUACAAUCGAGUUGGAGCAGAUGUUGAUAGACAUAUGCUGGGAACAUUUUGAUCAAGGAAAAGAUUUAUAUGCUGAAAAGGAUGUUUCGGUGAAAAUAUUUGAUGCCAUCAAACAUCGCCGGAGAACUAGAAACUUGACUGUGAUUGUAUCGGAUCUUGGAGAAGACAUUGUGAAAGGCACUUACCCUAUCAUGGGAAAAGAAGCCAUGCCAGUCUCGUAAGUUUCUUGAGCUGGGCCUGAGAGAGGUACUUGCCCGCUGCUGGCCUUCAUGGACAAGUCAUUGGAAAAAACCCUUGCAUGCCAAUUGCAAAUUCAAGUUCGGCAUAAUCUUUUUGUGUGUGUGUGUGUGUGUGUGUGUUCCCAGACAAAAACUUUAAAUUAUGGGUGCCUUUGGACCGUAGAAGCAGCUUAGCCUAGAGCAUAACCUGUAUGUUAGAGCAGAGCUGAGCAGAGCAGAAGCUGUAUGUUACUGCCUACUAGAGUACUUAUUUUGAGUCUUGUGAAACUCACAUCCUGUCCGGUGCAAGUGUAGCAGCCGUGGAUGAUGAAUUGAGCCCGGUAAUUAUGCUAGUGUAAUGUUGAGACUGCAUAAGCAGAAUAGCUUGGGAUUAUUGGCUAGUAGCAAUUAAUUUUAGUUCAGUGAGACUCA